AUGGGCUCGAUCGAACAAGACACAUUCCUCGACUUCCCAGACCUUCCACCUUUCCCUUCAAACGUCCCCACCGCUCCCUUCCUCCGCAUCAACCUGAAGAAUCUCCUCGACGGCCACAUCGACGAAGAGGAGAAGCUGUGGCGCGCAUGCUGCGAUCUUGGAUUCUUCUACCUCGAUCUUCGCGAGACCGUCGACGGCGAGGGCCUGAUCCAGAGCGCCGAGGAGUGCUUCGGACUCGCGGAAGGUGUUUUCAGCCUUCCGGUUGAGGAGAAACAGAAGUAUGACUUGAUGGAGGAAGGGUCGUAUUUUGGAUACAAGGGGUAUGGGAAAGGUGUGGUCGAUAAGAAGGGUACUAGGGACAGAAACGAGUUCUGGAAUAUAUCGAAAGAUGAUGUUAUGGGGAGUGGGCAGAGGUUGGCGAAUCCGGCGUCUAUCUCGACGGAGGAGGCGAGGGCGAAGUUGAGGGGGGUUAUGGUGCGGAGUCAUGCUGUUGUUGAUCUGGUGCUGGAGAGGGUGAAUGGGAGGUUGGGACUGCCGGCUGGGACGUUGCAGGGUUUGCAUAGGAUUGAGGCGAGGAGUGGGGAUCAGGUGAGGUGGGUGAGGAGUCCGCCGCAGGAUGUGGAUGAUCGACAGCAGGCGUUGGGGGAGCAUACGGAUUUUGGGAGUGUGACGGUGCUGUUUAACCGGCUGGGGGGUUUGCAGGUGCUGCCGCCGGGGACGGAGGAGUGGGCGUAUGUGAAACCGUUAAACGGACAUUGUGUCGUGAAUCUGGGCGAUGCUAUGGUGAAGUUUACUGCGGGCGUGUUGAGGAGUAAUCUACACCGCGUAGUCAAUCCUCCUGGUGAGCAGGGUGAUCAGAUUAGGUACAGCCUGGUGUACUUCAACCGGCCCGAGGAUGAUGUUAUCUUGAAGGUGUUGGACGGCAGUGCGUUGAUUGACGAGAAGAAGAAGAAGGAGCCAGGCUUUGAGGAGGGCGAGGAGAUCAGUGCGAAGCAGUGGAUUCUGAAUCGAGCUAUGGGGCGACGAGUCGGUGGAGAUUGGAAGAAAGGGCAAGGGAGUGAUCAGAGUGGGAUCGAGAAGAGGGAUAGUGGUGUGGCAGGGUCGUAG